AUGAAAGCCUUACAGUUUUACAACUCCCUCCAUGGGGGGUAUUUGUGGGAGAAAAGGCUGGGGGCCAUUUUAAGGACAAGAGUGAAGUCUUUUAGCACAGGGAGUGACUCCUUUGGCACCGGAGAAAGGCUGUACAACUUCGGCUUCAAAAAAGUAACAGAAGAGAUAAAGUCAAAGCUAGUUUACAACUUAUUCAGUCAUGUGUCCAACAAGUACGACCUGAUGAAUGACUUGAUGAGUCUUCGCUUGCAUCGGUGUUGGAAGGACCAGCUGGUGAAAGAGCUGGAUUUAUUUUUAAAAUAUCAUAGCUACAAAAUGCAAGAAGAAAUUCACAAAAGUGAGGCAAAUUGGGUAAGUCAGAAUAGAAAAGGGGAAAAAGCCGCAUUUUGGGAAACGGCCCCCAACGAGGGAAUCCACUUCGGUGACGGAGAAGAAGGCCAAAGCGGCAGGGCAUCGAGACACCAAGGGGCACACCCAAGUGAAACAAUAGACGAAGGGCAGGAAAGCUCCGCCAAUUUUUCCACCUGUAAAAUAUUAGACCUAGCUGGCGGCACAGGAGAUAUAGCCUUUCGCAUAUUAGAAAGGUACAAAUACUAUUUGGAGAAGAUGAAUCAGGGCCGCUGUUUCUAUGGUGGGGAAGACCAUCCUGAUAAAUUUUACUCAAGGUUUACCCCCGAAAUAAUCGUGGGCGAUGUGAAUAAGGAUAUGAUGAACGUAGGGAUGAAACGAGCAAAGGAAAUGAAUUACGAGGGGAACAUCAAAUGGGUAAUUCAAAAUGCAGAAAAUUUAAAUUCCUUUGAAGACAACUCAAUAGACAUAGUUACCCUCUCUUUUGGCAUUCGAAAUUUUACCAACAUUCCCAAAUCGUUAAAAGAAAUCCAUCGUGUGUUGAAGCCUGGGGGAAGAUUCUUAUGCUUAGAAUUUAGCAAGGUCAAUUGUGCCUACUUGAAACCGAUUUAUAAUGCUUAUUUAAUGAACAUCAUUCCCCUACUUGGGAAAAUUGUAGCAAGUAGUGAAGACUCUUACAAGUACUUGGCGGAGAGUAUUCAAACCUUUUUAACUCCUGAUGAGUUAUCACAGCUUAUGCACCAGAACUCUUUUCGAAAUAUUUCCUACUCUACUAUGACCAUGGGUAUCGUCGCCAUUCAUUCUGCUUACAAGAUUGACUAG